AUGGCACACACAAAUGAAGAUCCAAUAUUGGGAAAUGAUGAUUUACAUAUUACAAGGAAUAACAAAGGAAAGGAUUCAAUGAUGCAAUGUGAAAAUGGGCAGAUCGAUGUGCUUGAGCAUAGACAUUGUAUUAUUAAUUACUGCAAUGCUCCUGCUGGUGAUUCUUUUUGUGGUAUUAGAGUUGAUUCAAAUAGUUAUUACUGCACUGAAAUACACCAAUGCAAGCUGGUGAAGUCAGAUGUGAAUGAUAACAUGUUUAAAAAGGAGCAUCAGAAAGCAGGUGAUGAAAAUGACUAUUUUAUUUUAUUUACUACUGGAAGAUAUACUGCAAACCUCACUUGGCUCUCUGGAGUUGUUGAUAUGGAUGCAUGGGAUGCUUAUUUUGGCUCAUUUUCUGGAAAGGCAUUCAGAUACCCUCCACCUGUUGCUAAUAGAGCUACUUUUUCUGAAUUGACAGGAGUCAACAGAAUUGGGGAAAUUCAAGCCAACAUGAUCAUUCAGAAAUGUCCUUAUAAUAACUUAAAUGAUUGCUAUCAAAAACAAACUCAACUUGGGCUUUAA